AAUUUCCACUGCGCAUGCCCAGCCUCUGUGUUCCUGAAAUGGCGACUCCAGCGAAAGUCAGUAAGCCUGACGCUAAAAACAAUCAUGAAAACGCCGACGAACAAGCAGAUAAAGAACAACAGGAGGCAAUUGAGCAAAUAGAUGAAGUCCAGAAUGAAAUUGAUCGUUUAAAUGAACAAGCGAGUGAAGAGAUACUUAAAGUUGAACAAAAAUACAACAAAUUAAGGCAGCCAUACUUCCAGAAGAGGUCGGACUUGAUCGCAAAAAUUCCUAAUUUCUGGGUCACUGUUUUUGUAAAUCAUCCUCAAGUAUCAGCUCUGUUACAUGAAGAGGAUGAGGAGGCACUCCAAUUCCUGUCUAAGGUUGAAGUUCAAGAGUUUGAAGACAUCAAGUCAGGCUACAAAAUCAACUUUUUCUUUGAAGGUAACCUGUACUUUGAGAAUGAAGUCAUAUCGAAAGAGUUCCAUCUAAAUGACACUGGAGAACCCUCAUCAAAAUCAACACCCAUCAAAUGGAAAGCAGGAAAAGAUCUAACAAAGAAGUCAUGUACCCCAAGUAAGGGAGGGCGUAAGAGGAAUAUAGAGGAGCAGGAAUCCUUCUUUUGUUGGUUUACAGACCAUGGGGAUGCUGGUGCUGAUGAGCUUGGAGAGGUGUUGAAGGAUGAUAUCUGGCCGAACCCCCUACAAUACUACUUGGCGUCAGAAAUGGAAGAGGAAGGUGGAGAUGAUUUGGAUGAUGAAGAACUUGAAGAAGAUUUCGACGGUGAAGAAGAGGAAGGUGAUGAGGAUGAUGUUGGAGAAGAGGAUGCAGAGGAUGACGCAGAAGAUGAGGGUUGAUCUUUGUCUUGACAUUUAUAUUGUUUCAUUGUCGUUCAUUUUAUCAUCACAUUUUCAUCGGUCAUGUUUCAUUUGGAGUCGUCUGUCAGUUGUCGUCGUUGCAUGUGUCGGCCGUUGGGUCGCUACAGAAGUGGACCAUCUCAUGAAGGAUAUCAAGACAUUUGUGACAUUUGUAUGGACGAAAAAAUUAACCACCAGUAGUUUCUAAACAGUUUGUAAGAUUUGUGUUCAUAAUAUAAGGAAAGACAGCUAUAUAUCAUCGUCUCUGGAAGUGUUUCAUUGCCUGCAGAUGAAAUCAUUUUAAUUCUUCAGCUCAGUACGUAUGAAUUCAUAACUGUUCUAUGAUAUAAUUACUUAGUAAUGAUGUUUGUUUACUUUGUGGGACAGGGGGAUGUAUUUUUCCUUUGUAAGUGUUUUGUAUAGAUGAAUAGUACAGUUUUUUUCCAUCCUCUGUGUUCAGGUCAGCAAAGAGAAGCCUUUAUGUAAAUUGUAUGGAAUGAGCUUGUACCGUCUAUGCAGCUAUUUCCAGAUCAGCUGAAUUUUAAUUAUCCGCUGCAUAUUCAGCUGUAUCAUGUGGAGUUUGGUUUGAUUACCACCAAUCAGAUAGCUUUGUCUGAAGUUUUGUAUGCAUAAAACAGUCCCAGAAUUGUGUUACAGAUUUCAUGGGCUUAAAAGGGAGGAAUUGUUUGCAGAAUCAAUGUUAUGAAAUCAUCAUGGAUACCUUCUAAUGGAAGAUAUAGAAAUAGGACGUUUUCGAAGAUCAAGAGAAACUUGAAAAAAUAGUGGAAUUUUAAAUCCAAAUAAAAUUGAUUGUUUAGACAACUUGACAUUGUCAGUUUUGUGUUCAUAAGAUUUCGCCAAUCUGAAACAUGUCAUUCAUUUUUGUUAUUGUGCAUUAAGUCAUCUUUUUGAAUUUUUUUUUUUAAACAUGUUGAUCUAUAUUUUUGGGGUACCAAUUAAUUUGGUUUUACCAGUAGUUACUCGAUUGGCAGUCCCCAGUUAAUACAUGUAAGGGUCAGUUAUCAGAAUAAAUUUGCAUGUAUUUUUAA